AUGGUGUUUAUUUCACAAGAAUGUUACCAGUGUGAGCACGAGGAUGGGCACCAGAAAUGCGACUUCCACCUUCAUGAGCAAUGCAAACCUGUCGAGUCCUUGACUCUAACAUUUAUCAGUUGCAAAUUUACCUUUGCGCAGGACUCAGGAGGAAGAAAUAUAGUUUGUGAUGCAUGCGGCAGGGAUGUGAAAGGUCGGUUUUUCCAGUCUUCGACACCAGGGGAACCACGUCAUUUACACCCAUGUUGUGCCAAGCUUGAAUUUAACGAUAAGGUCGAUCAUCGUGACAUUGUACUUUAUCUUGAAGAAAAGACAACAUCAGUGUGCCUAAUAUGUAGAAACGAGGGUCAUUCAUUAAAUUUCAGGAGCUGGGUCUAUGUUUCCCGUUGUCGCAAGUACUGUUAUCAUGUGUCAUGCAUGAAGGACAACGUCGAGAAAGGGGCGAAAGACGAGGCUAGCAAUCAGCAACCAAGUUAUGAGACUGGAACAACCAGCGGGGCCUUGGUGACAAGGGCUCAGAACCAAGAUGUACGACCACGCCGUGGAGAGAUGGGCCUCGAUUUGUUGGAGUUCGCAGUCGACCUUGUCAUUUUCCUGAUUUCUGUCAUCUUUGGGAUACCUUUCCCAUCGGUGUCUAAAUGGAUAAGAAAGAUAUGGUAG